UACAGUCUUAGAAAUAACAAGCGCCUGCGUUGACGGCGUCUGCAAGACAGAGUGUGUUUACAAUGUUGUUAUAAUUGAUUGUUUGCAGAUUCUGUAGUGAUAAUAUUCUUAACUGUCGAGUAAUAUAUAGUGAUAUUUGAUAGUUGGUUCUGUUCAGAUCAAUUUGUCUUAAUUACGUCACUUAAGAAAAGAAAAAUAACCUGUGUUAGUAGCAGCGCCGAUACAGUCAGCAUCAGUGCUACAUGUCACCACAUCGUAGCAGCUAAGAGUAUGAGGUUGUCGAUCUUGUAAGACGCAGCUGGCACAUCAAAACGCUUGCCGGCAUGCCGGCCCACUUGAAUGGUCACAGCGAGCGACACGGCUCCCUGGAGCAGGGAGCGCUCCGCGGCUCACAACGGAGCCGACGAGCUGGAACAGCCUGUUCUAAGAUAAGCCAUGAGAGACAAAAACAAUAUGAAAGACUGAGUAUGGCAGUUCAGAAAAGAAGAGAACAAGAUAUACCACCAGGAGCGAUAAUUCUGUCAGAGGAGAAUGUGUUGGAGUACCAUUGGAAACUUGUGAAGCACUGGACUCCUACUGAAGACGUUUGGCCAUUUCGACAUGGGUUAACUAUCCUUGGAGCAGCAGCUUCAUUAUCUGGUAUUUAUAUGAAUAGCUACUACAGGAAAAAGUUGUUUCUUGGGGAUGCUGGAAGGUUUGCCACAUAUCUGCCAGUUGCAAUUCUGCCUGGUAUAAUGAGCACUUUAUUCCAUCAGCAGUUUAUUACGAAUGAUAUUCUUUUGCAAAAGACAGCCUGUCCUUUGUGUGUGCAGACUAGAGCAGCAGCAAUACAGAGUAUUUGUGGCGCAAUUUAUCCUGCAAUACUUGCUCCUGUGACAGGAUUUAUGCUUGCAAUACGUUAUUUUACGUAUGAUGUUCCAGCCAUCAAUAAAGAACCUAUGUCUCUUCUCAAUUUAUGGAGAAAGUUGACUAAGCCAAAAGGGAAUAUUUUCUUUGCAAUUGCUGUUUUCCAAGCAGCCGUUGGUUCUGCAAUUACAUACUUCGAAGCAAAAUCUUUUUAUACUAUACAAAGUAAACUUAUUGAAGAAGAAGAGCUAGGAGAAGAAGCUGCUAACCGUGGAAUAACAUAAAACUAAAUUAUACAAUUUGUAGUGGUUGUUAAUGUGUAUUGCACAAUAAAUU